UGCACGCGGAUCCUAUACGUCCCGUAUAACACAGAGAAGUGGUGUAGCAGGAGAGAGGGAGCGAGAGAGCGAGCCAGAGGAAGACGCACACGCGGAAAGAGGGGGGGACGCACGCUCUGGUGUCUAUCUGCCACUGCUGCUGCUACUGCUGUGCAUCGAGUCGGUGGUCCGCAAUGGGAUUCUAUGCACGGGCACUGCACGUGCAUGUCCUGCUGGUGUGUGCCCACGUCUACGCACAGAUCGAUUCUGACGAUGUCAUCACCAAAGAGGAGCAGAUGUUCAUGCUGACAGAGGCCAAGAAACAUUGCGAGAGAACAAUUCUCUCCACAAAUGCAUCUUUAGCGGACACUCGCUGCACUGCUGAGUGGGAUGGCUUGAUCUGCUGGUCGUGGGGGCUGCCAGGCUCAAUGGUGCGUGAGAAAUGCCCUUCCUACAUCUACGACUUUAACGCACACGGUCACGCUUAUAGGAAAUGUGAGAGUAAUGGGACCUGGAAAAUGUCAACAGCAAACCGGUUGUGGGCAAAUUACUCCGAAUGCACCGAGUUUCUCAAUCCACAUGUACAAGCCAAGGAAAAGGAAUCCAUACAUCGCCUCUCCAUUCUUUACACGAUCGGGUACUCAGUGUCGCUGGCGUCUUUGGCUAUUGCUCUAUGCAUCCUCACGAUGUUCAGGAGGCUUCACUGCACGCGCAACUACAUCCACAUGCACCUGUUUGUGUCGUUCAUGCUGCGGGCCGCGAGCAUCUUCGUCAAGGAUGGUGUCCUCUACUCCGACAAUGAACUGAGGCUCUCCACCCCAGGACCAUCACCUCCCGCUGAAGCGCCGUACAUAUUUGCAGGCUGCAGGGUGGUGGUGACUCUGUUCCUCUACUGCCUGGCCACCAGCUACUUCUGGGUGCUGGUUGAAGGGCUUUACCUUUACAGCCUCAUCUUCCUCACCUUCUCUGCAUCUGGACGCCUGUGGACAUUUGCUCUCAUCGGCUGGGGGUUUCCCGUUGUGUUUGUGUUCGUUUGGGCUGCAGCCAGGGCGACUCUGGCAAACUCCCAAUGCUGGGACCUUAGUGCUGGAUGGCUCAAGUGGAUAUACCAGGCACCCAUCCUGGCAGCAGUGGCGGUUAAUUUCGUCUUGUUUGUGAACAUUGUGAGAGUCUUGGCAACCAAGCUCAGGGAGACAAACGCGGCAAGACAAGAAUCGCGGCAGCAGUACAGGAAACUGCUCAAGUCCACGCUGGUCCUGAUGCCAUUGUUUGGUGUCCACUACGUGCUAUUUGCAGCCAUGCCCUACACAGACGUGAUAGGCUUGGCGUGGCAGAUCCAGAUGUACUACGAGAUGACCUUCAACUCUUUCCAGGGAUUUUUCGUGGCAAUAAUAUAUUGCUUUUGCAAUGGCGAGGUGCGCGGGGAGAUGAAGAAGCUGUGGUCACGGUGGAGCUUGAACCAGGCCCUCAAACGAAGGAGUGGGAGCUGCAGCUACAACAUGGCUGCGAGCGUUGGCACCCUGAGCAGCGUGCGAGCCGUCGCUAUCCCGUGCGCGGCGAGGGCGGCGAGGCAAGGUCUCACCCCGGAGAGGGAUGCGACGAUAGCUCUCAUGAGAAGGCAGCCGCCACCCGACGAGCAGCGGGUUGUGGCCAUCGCACAGCAACCGUACGACGAAGCGUUCAGAGAACUGUCACGGAGCAUGCGCUUGUCAGACACAACCAAAGUGCUAUGGGCCUCUAUAGAGCCCAACGACCAGGUGUCCACCAGUCUGGAAGCUGACCUGAGAGCACCAUCCUUUCAGGGUUCAAGACUUGCCAGUGGUUGUUCUAAAACCGAGGAUAACCAAGCCGUCGAAGCGUGUGGAUGCUCUUCCUUCGGGGAGACGUCUCAAGGUGCCGCAAAAGCCCCCGAUGAACAAAGUAAUGCAGGCGACGGGUUUCAACCCAGUCCUCGGCCUCGGCAAGCCUUGAGCACCUGCGUUCAAAAGGAAUUAUGCCCCGCGGCAUCUCCUGAGCCGUGGAACUUGCCAGGAUAUGUCACGUACAGUUCGGAAGUGGAAAAGAAUUUCAAGGUUAUCUCGCUUAGCCCUUGCUGUCAAAAUCCAUCGCAGCCUGGCAACAAAGGCAACCAAAAAGCCGGAGACUAUGAGUGGCCAGUGAUUACAAUUUUAAAGGAUGAGGGAAUUAUGUGAAUACAAAUGCUGCAACUUGUGCAUAAGGGAGCUAUUGAGCAUAGGUAAGAUGAAUGUCGGUUGAUGGAUUAGGUUUAGAUGUUCACAAUUGAACAAUCUAUAUAAAAAGAAAACUGAAAUUGAUAUGGUAACAUUCCUCUACUAUCGUGACUCUUGAUAUGUUGUGGCUAGUAGUUUGUUAAUUGCGUACUGUUUUACAGCAGCAGCAUUUUACUUGCAUUUCGUUUAUCGUGAUAAAUUCUUGAUGUAAACCAAUUGUUAACGAUAUACGCGUUUCAUGUUAAAUGUUUUAUAAUGCAAAAAGGAUCUGCUGGGACACCUAGAUUGGGUUGAGGUGAUCGUUUUUAACAGCAUUUGUGACCGUAUGUAUUAAAUAGAAUUGAUAUGGUAUAUUCUGAAAUGAGGGUAAAACUAUUCAGUGCUUAAUUUUCAGACUUCUAUUUUGUGCGUGGCUUUUGUUUCAACUGUGUCACAAGUCGCAUUAAAUUAAUAUUUCUGUAGAUGUAUUCAAAUGAAAAACACACCACACUUUUGUUUGCCA